GGUUUAUAACGAACGGCGGCCGUGGUUGUGUCGAUGAUUGCGUGCGAUUGCCGAACGGACUUUACUGGGUUAUCGUUUUUUUUUCUAUUGACAAUAUAAUACUUUGAAAAAAAAAUUAAUUUUAUUGUUCGCGGCAUCUGAGUUAUUAUCAUAAGUGAUCUUCCGAAACAUUAUCGCGCAUCAGCCGAAGACGGACAUCCGCGCUCGGCAGUAACCGACAAAUAUAGCAGACUUCAAAAAGGACACAGUUGAUAUGGUGACUCGUCAACGGGACCUGAUGGUAGUGACAACUACCGGUGGACAUAUCGGAAAGCCGCCGGUCGGCCGAUUACAAGUGGUCUGAUGCAAUUUGUCAAGUUGUAUAUCGCUGCGGAUAUACGUCUUAAGACUACUAUUUCGAGGCCGCCGGUUCGAGACAUAUGACUCGGCUGCAGCAACAGAGCGCGGCCAAGGGUCGUAAACCGGAAACAACACCAUGUGGCUUGGCGUAAAAUGGCCGAUCCAAACAAGAGUAAAGCGCUUUACUCAUCCGGCGUGGCUUUCCUGGGGUUUGCGUGCUUCGCGCUGGCCGCCACUGCCAUCGGAUUGCCGCUAUGGGGCUACUUUGAAAAUCCAACAGCUGAAAUCGGAGCUUCUGGCAUCGACCGCGGCUAUUUCGGACCAUGGCAAAUGUGCAAACAGUCGUACUACGGCCGGACAAAGUGUGGCGACUCUAUAUCCAGGUUUCAUCCAGAAGAUACCGUAAGGAUAGCCGGCUUCUUUGCCCUUGCCGGUACCCUCAGCUUGGCUGUGUUUUGCGUGCUCAGCAUAGUACAAUUGGCCAUGGUCGUGUCACGUGAGAAGGUAGUAAUCCCCUACAGUAAGACGGUGGUUACCAAGUUGGUGUUUGCGUUCGCUGCCACUUUGCUGGCAAUCAUCGCCGCUGGUUUGUUCGCAUUGCAGACUGACGACAGGGACAACAGCUAUCAAGUGACUCGAGGAGAAUCAUUUUACAUGCAGAUCUGUUUGAUCAUCCUCAACUUUUUGUUGUUUGUGGCCGCCAUUUACGAUUUGAUAUUCUCUCGUAGGAUGGGUGGUGACCCUACUAUUAGCCACCGAGAUCCAACUGGUGUCGAAGCCACCACGUUCAAUAAUCCUGCGUUCAAGGAGAAGAGAUCCAUGAAUCCCAGAGGGACAAUAUCGGUGACGGACGCCAGCGGCAAGCCGUACCUGAGCGGCGGAGUGACCAACGGCGGUAGUACCAUGUCGAUGACGACCACGUUGAGCUCCAACGGUUCUUCGGUGAUGUCGCCAGCCGUCCGAAGUCCCCUGCGGUCGUCGCUAAAGAAACCCAGGCAACCCACUAACGGCAACGGGUUCGGCAUACAGAACCCCGGGUUCAGCGGCACGUCGCCUACCCUGUCCAGAAACGGAAGCGUCAAGAAAGUUCGCAUACAGACUCAAAGCACGGCCGUGUGACCACCCUAUAUAUAAUAUAAUAAUAAUAUGAUAACAACACAGUGUUAACGAUAUAUAUAUAUAUAUUAUAUAAUAUUAUGUCAAUACACUGAGUUGGUACAUAUGCACAUAACAAAAAACGUUAAGCACUGGCAACUGAUAUUAUUAUUAAAUAUUAGUAUUUAAAACGUUUCAACUAUUUAGUUCUCGCAGUACACCGAGUUGCCUGAUCAAAAAAUACAAACUUAUAUUUAUUCGACGAUAAAAACAUGUAAUAUUAUAAAUAAUUGGAAACCGCUAUAGCAAUUUGUAAAUGUUCACAAACACGUGUCGGGAGAGUUACAUUACCCGGUCAUUACCACAACAGUUUAUCAUACAAACAAAAACAAAGUUGACGAAAUUCCAAUUACGAAUUACAAUUAGCCUUCUAAAAAUCAUUCAAGUACGUUGAUGGCUAAUCGUUGUUGGCUACAUUGUUUGUAAUUUGAUUAGUUUAUGUAAAAUUUACUGGCGUGUACAAUAUCGAGACAAAAUAUUUAUUGUUAAUGUUAUUAUUUCGGAUUUAGUUAAAUAUUUUAUAUGUAUUUAUAAUAUAUUACAUUAUAGAUAUCGAUUACUUUAACGUUUUUAUAGAAAACGCAAGACCCGCGCAAUAUUAAAUUAGUAUUAUAUGUAUAAUAUUAUUACUAUGUAAUUUUAAUUUUCAUACAAAUCGUCCACAUCACGGUAGUAUAUCAAUAUGUUUUCACGUUUUUGAAUUCUCAUAAAAUCGACAAAAAGAGUACACAAUAUAAUAUAUUUUAUAUUCUUUUUAAGAAAUAAAUAAAAUAUUAACCACAAUUUGUAGGUACAGCUAUCAUCAACGCGAUGAUUGACAAGUAAUAACUGGAAAUUACUGAAGUAACUUACCUAUAAAAUCUCUCCAUUGGAUUCGUAGAAUAUCUUACUAACUGGCUGGAAGAUAUCUUCGGUCGGCGGUCAUAACCAGUUAGGUUUGAUUUAUACGAAAUUAAAUUGGAUCUGUUUCGGAUUCUGAAAAAAAACUAAAUCUUAUAUUUCUUGCUUAAUUUGGACUUAACUGGUUAUGAUAGAUACAUUUAUAAUUUUUAAAAAACUUGUUUCGUAAAACAGUUAAUUAGCUUAUUAUUGUCAUACGGUCGGGAUAGAUUAGACUAUAAUCUAAUUGUAAAUGUAGAAAGUGUUCGACUGUUUAAACUAACUAGCUACCUACAAUCAUAUUGUUAUACUAGAGAGGCUUAUUAAGAUGUAUGUACAUGGCGAUACACUCAUAAACGGUAACCUAAAUAUUGAUAAUUAUUAAUUAAUAUAAACUAUUUAUUUUCGAAAAUAAUGAAGGACAUGUGACAUGAAGGAAUAAUUUUGUAAAUGCUAUUAUAACUUUUUACAUGCAAAAUAUUGGUAAGUUAUAAUAAUUUAUAUCCAGUCUGGUGACCCUUCAUUGAUUUACAUUGUUUAAAAAAUAAAACAAUUUAUACGCACACAUUUCACGCGUUCAAAUGUAUCAGUAAUGCAAUUGUUAGUUACUUUUAAUAUACCUACUUGCUGAAAAUGUAUUUAUCUACUCAUGUGUAAGUAUAUAAUAAAUUAUAUAGCCACUAGGUAUAACGUUGAAUAUUAUUUAACGCUAAUAUUAAUAUUGUUCUUUUGUAAUUAAUUGUUAAGGUAUAUUCUUAUCGUGCCAUUGCUCGAUUCAAAAUUAUUCAUCCUUUAGGAACUCAUCGCUAUCAUUUAUUUUGCACCACUGUUCAUACUAUUUGUUUUUUUUUGUUCGUUAUAGUAAAAUGUAAAAAAAAAACAAAGCAAAACAUUUGUUUUAGACGUAGGUACAAUAAAACGUAAAAAAAACC